ACAUUAAAAGUAUGGAAGGGCGACCGCGGAUGAGAGGGACAAAUGAGCUAAUCUCUCACGGAAUAUAAUAGAAAUAUUAAUGCUCUUAGUUGGAAAUCAUCAACAAACAGAUACUACAAUUAUGAGAAAUGACGAAGCGAAAAAUCACACGGAAAAUUAUUACCCUUCAUCUAAUACACGGGAAGAACAGUAUCCAGCAAAGAAUACCAAAAGCGACAUGCGGACUGAAACAAUUUUGGAUUGCACAUCACGUUUUGCGACGAUAUUUCUUGUAGUUGCGUGUUUAACUCAAACUACCAAAGCUUUGCCAUUAAAAGACACUGACAAUGAUUCUCUUUUACGCAUUAUCAACUUUUGGAGGAAUAGAGAAAUCCGAGAAGCUUCAAUGUACGAUGUCAAAGCCAACGAACCAGAAUCUAUUUUCCGAGAAGAAGAGGAUGAUACACAGUUGGAACACCUUGAGCGUCUUCGGCGAUAUGCGGACGGAACACAUAUGAGCCUAUUAUCUCAUUAUCAAGACGCAAAGGCAGCAGGGAACCUGAGGAAAAUCUUAAGAGGGUCCUCGCCUAAAACACACGAUACUGUUUGCUUGGGAGAUCUGAUACCAUACGUCGAGUCCCUUAAAGAACUGCAAUUUGCAUUGGAAAGCUGCGCAUACUGAUCUUUCGAAAACAAAUGUGAUAUCCUUAUGCACCUAAAUCUUGCAAAACUUUUCCCCAGUUUUUAUUUUCUAUAUUUGUGUUUUUUGCUCCAUUUGCCGGUAUGUGUUGCAAUAUAUUUACUGUAAACGUUAAGUGUGAUUCAUUGAUCAUCGCAAAUACUGCCUUUUUGCCGACGCAAAAACUCCUUUGUGUUAUGUUUCGUAUCAGUUAGUAUUUAUUUAUUAUUUUUGCUAUUAUUACUACUACGCCAAAUAAAAUUUAGAAAAUGUC